GCCGCAGUUUGGGCACCCGAAGAAAUGCCGCAUCCACGCGAGUGAGCGAGCGAAGUAAGAGAGGGAAACACUUCUACGAGCCUACGUUCUUUGUUAAUGUUAAUAUCUACAGAGGCAACGCCUUAACAGAGAAGAUCGACGGAGAGACGUGAAGUUCUACCGUAAUCCGAGAGACCCGGAGAGGAGAGCGAGAUGGGCUGCUGCAAUUCGACGAGAAAACUGGGCACCAAAUGAUCACCACAGAUUAUGUACGGAUGAUACAUGGCGAUGGCUGCGGAAGACAAAACAUAGAAGAAACUACUAAAGUCCUUCCAUUUUCUAUGGAAAACUUGAAUAGUCUUAAAACUCUGGAUGUCGACUGGACUCACCGACCACCUUUUUAAGAGUAAAGUCAUGAACCGGGACAUAGCGGAACAGGAAUCGGGGGGGACCGUGAUGAAUCGAGGGGGUGCCGCUGCAGGAUUCCAGGCUUCCAUGACUAAAGAACAACCAGUACCGGGCUCUAAUGAGGAAUCGCUCCAGCCCGUACUCAGCCCGGAUCAAUUGGACACACUAAAUGGAGCAGCUCAGGAUGACAAACGGAUGUUCUCCAGUGCGCUAUCCGGGAUCAGAGACAUGCGGAACCAUUCAGAACCUCUACCGACGAACCCAGUCUUAGCACCACCACAGCAGGGUCCCACCGUACACCGGACAACCUCAUUCUCCGUCUUAGACAUUCUGGACCCCAAUAAAUUCACCAGCAGUCGGCGAUUCCAGCUCCAGAGCGGCCACCCGGACGAGCACAACCUAAGAGGGGAUUGCGAAGCGGGUCUGCUGGAGCCCGAUACGGGUAUUUACGGCGGACACGAAUACCACAGCAAAACCUUUGGGUAUAGAAGUCCAGGUGAGGAAGACCUCAACAGAAAUGGUAGUCCAGAUUCAGAGGCAGCAGAUGGUUCCUAUAGUAGUGAGGAGAGCAGUUCAGCUCUACACUUUGGUGUGGACAGAGAAGUCAACCAGCAAAGUAUCCAGGACCUGAGCAAGCAGACAAAGAGCCCCAGAAGAGGCUCUGCAGGCCAGAUCACCAAUGUACAGCCCAACGGGGGGCAAGGCCCCCAAGGAAAGCCCAAGAGAAAACGCUCAGGCUCGGACUCCAAGUCAGGGAAACCCCGCAGAGCUCGUACCGCUUUCACCUACGAGCAGUUGGUUGCCCUGGAGAACAAAUUCAAGUCUACAAGAUAUCUGUCUGUGUGUGAGCGGCUCAAUCUGGCACUGUCACUCUCCCUCACUGAGACACAGGUCAAGAUCUGGUUCCAGAACCGCCGGACUAAGUGGAAGAAACAGAACCCUGGCGCAGACACUUCAGCUCCCACUGGUGCAGGAAGCACAUCCGGCACCGGGGGAGGAAUAGGUGGUGCACUGGGGAACCUCAGUCCACUCAGCCCAUCACCUCCAAUUAAUGGGCAUCUAGCCAUGCACACAGGCUAUGCAUCAGGCCACCAUCACCCUUCUGCGGGCAGCCUUGUCCAGCUGCCUUUCCUGACAACCGGCCAUGUUCUAUCGCCAUUCAUGUUGGGGACACAGAGCUAUGCUGCACCUGCCUUUUACAGCUCCCACCUGUAGACACACAGAUAUACAGUACUGUACACAAUGCGCACA